GUCACUUGGACAUACCUCUUGUUGCACACUCCCACACCUGCAGCUACUGUAAUACCCGACAAUCCAGGAGUGAGCCCUUUUUCACCUUAAGUCAUGUCAGGAACUGAGGGACUCAGUUUGAAUAUUUACAGUUGGUAUGUUAAAUACAUUUAAGAUAUUACGGGAUAGUUAAUAUAUAAAGGAAAGGUCUUGCUUUUCGCGGUGGGUAUUUAAUGCCCCUACAGGCGUGUGCUUCUCAGUUAGGCAGAGCUACAGCACUAAGGGGGGGCUGCUACGCUGGAGCGGUGUCAGCAGUAGCAGGUCAGGGUGACAAACUGUAAAGAAGAAGACAGGGAUAAGAGCCGGAAAGGAGCAGUUUCCCCUACCCUGGUGGAAUACAAAACAUUAAAAGUCGUAUUCCUAUCGCUGUCUGUCGACGAUUUAGUACCAGCCUCGCUGUUCGAACUUGCAACAUCAGCAGCUAACUGGUCGUUAGCUGCCUGGAUAUCCUGCCAGCCGGUUAGCCCUUCAUUGCUAACCUAGCUUAACUGUGGGCAGUCCGGCUACCCACGAAGAGCUUCCAAAAUGAGGCUGAAAGUAGGAUUUAUUCUACGGAGUUUACUCGUUAUUGGGACGUUCCUUGGUUUGGUGCUGCUCUGGUCUUCUCUGUCGCCGAAACCGAACGACGAAAACCCUUUUGGAAAACGGGAUGACAGUUUGCUACCCAAAGGAAAUCUGGCAGGUCAGUUUAAACCUGUGGUGCCUUGGCCUCAUGUGGAGGGGGUGGAGGUUGACCUCAACUCCAUCAGACUCAAACAUGGGGGGGCAAACCAUGGCCUGAACCCUGACCAGCAGCCGAACCAGAAUCAGGUGAUCCAACAGCAGUAUGUGACAUUCAAACCCCACACUCAUUCCUACUCAAGCCCUAUUCUGAAGAAAGGUAUCCUGGGAAAUUUGGAGCCCAAGGAACCAGAGCCUCCAGGAGUACCCAAUGGUCCUGGAGAGGGAGCCAAGCCUUUUGUCCUGGGUCCAGAGUACAAGGAGGCUGUCCAGGCUUCCAUCAAAGAGUUUGGCUUUAACAUGGUGGCUAGUGACAUGAUCUCACUAGACAGAACCAUCAGUGAUAUACGCCAUGAAGAGUGUAAAUACUGGCAUUAUGAUGAAAGACUGCUGACUUCCAGUGUGGUGAUAGUCUUCCAUAAUGAAGGCUGGUCUACGCUGAUGCGAACCGUUCACAGUGUCAUCAAGAGGACUCCCAGAAAAUACCUGGCUGAGAUAGUUAUGAUAGAUGACUUCAGCAACAAAGUCCAUCUGAAGGAGCGUUUGGAAGAGUACAUCAAGCAAUGGAAUGGUCUUGUAAAACUCUUCAGAAAUGAAAAGAGAGAAGGACUGAUCCAAGCCAGGAGUAUAGGAGCGAAGAAGGCCUCUAAAGGACAGGUGCUGAUAUACCUUGAUGCCCACUGUGAGGUUGGAAUCAACUGGUAUGCUCCUCUGAUUGCUCCUAUUUCAAAAGACAGAACGGUGUGUACGGUGCCUCUGAUCGACUCCAUCCAUGGCCAGAAGUUCACCAUCGAGCCCCAAGGGGGAGGAGACCAGGAUGGCUUUGCUAGAGGAGCCUGGGACUGGAGCAUGCUCUGGAAGAGAAUUCCUCUGGGAGACAGAGAAAAAAAACUCCGAAAAACUCAUACUGACCCUUAUAGGUCUCCAGCCAUGGCAGGUGGCCUCUUUGCUAUAGAGAGAGACUUCUUCUUUGAGCUGGGACUCUAUGACCCAGGACUGCAGAUAUGGGGAGGAGAAAAUUUUGAAAUAUCCUACAAGAUCUGGCAGUGUGGCGGCCAGCUGCUCUUUGUGCCAUGUUCUCGUGUCGGCCAUAUUUACAGACUUCAGGGAUGGCAAGGCAACCCUCCACCUGCACAUGUUGGAUCGUCACCAACUCUGAAGAACUAUGUUCGUGUGGUGGAGGUAUGGUGGGAUGAAUAUAAAGACUUCUUCUAUGCCAGUCGUCCUGAAACUCUCACUCUAGCCUACGGAGACAUCAGUGAGCUCAAACGCUUCAGGGAGGAACAUCGAUGCAAGAGCUUCAAGUGGUUUAUGGAGGAAAUAGCAUAUGACAUUCCAGUGCACUACCCUCUGCCUCCGAAAAAUGUGGAAUGGGGGGAGAUUCGUGGCUUUGAGACAAGUUACUGUAUCGACAGUAUGGGACACACCAAUGGAGGCAAUGUGGAAACGGGACCUUGCCACAGGAUGGGGGGCAACCAGUUGUUCCGUAUCAAUGAAGCCAACCAGUUGAUGCAGUAUGACCAGUGCUUGACCAGAGGAAGUGAUAAUUCAGCUGUCAUCAUCACACACUGUGAUCAGAACCAGUACACUGAGUGGAAGUACUUCAAGGAUCUCCACCGGUUCACUCAUGUGCCAACAGGAAAAUGUCUGGACCGCUCUGACCUGCUCCACAAAGUGUUCAUAUCAGACUGUGACACCAGUAAAACCACUCAGAAAUGGGAGAUGAACAACAUAGUGGCUGUAUGAAGAAGACAGGGGGGCACAGAGAACAACACGGUGACUGUAUGAAGACGUACACACUGAUUAACACAUGCCAAGAAAUACAUCCAUACUAUAAGUUUACAAAUCUAUCAAACUGAUACUGUCCUUUUAAGGAAACAACAUGUUUCUGAUAUGAGCCAGUCAGUGUCAGUGCACCUCCAACAUGAUCGAGUCAGAGUGGCAGCUUCAACCCAAAAUUGUUCGUCUCAGCCAAAACAUGCCUUUGUCAAACUUUGUAACUUUCAUGUAGACACAUAGAUACUCCAGAUGGUCGGUGUGGAGGUUGAAGUUGCCGGUCCUCAGAAUGACCUUUUGGACCAACACUGAACUGGAAACAUGUUGCUCUCUGUCUCUGUCUUUCAUUGUGUUUACACACUGUCUCUCUAUCUUUUGGGCUCUCAGGUCUUUUCUAAACCACUCUGUUCAUUUCUGAAAUCAAUCACAUCAACUCCAACUAUUGAGUCAAGCUCUUAUUAGACAUUUUCAAUCAUCUGUUAGCCAGACUGAUUAGCUCAUUCACCAAAGAGUCAUUGGUGGAGGAUUCAGUCACGUCAUCAGUGUAAUGAACCAGGUAAAGUGUUGGUACGUACACCGUCUGUGAGUCAGGUCCUGUUUCAGUGAGAAGCACUUGUUGGACAUAUUAUAUCAGUCAGUCUGAAGAGCCGUUAGGCAGAUGUCUUGAGCAACAGACAAAAAGGUGACAAAAGGUGGAAACGUUCUCAAAUCCCAGUGAGAUGCAAGUAAAGCUUCUACAGGCACAUGCUAAAAUUGACACUGACAUCUUGUAUUAUAUUAGCUUUUUCUUCACAUUUGCACUGUGAAAAGCAUUUUUUACUAACCCCAGUGAAAGGGCCACUUCAAGCUUGAAGCUAAUGCAGCAAUCUAACAGAUUGUUUGGUGAAGCAGCAGAAUCAAAUUCACCACACUGUAUCAAAAGCCUAACCAAGACGACAAAGGAAAGCAAUGCUCGUGUCCUCCUACAUGAAGCUUUAUCCGGCAUUAGUUUCUCAUUCCCAGCAUGCCUUGUCUGAAGCCAGCCCUUCUAGAAAAUGCUUUGAAAUGGACACUAAUAAAAGUAACUGUAUUUUCUUAACUUUGAUUGGUUGCCAGUUACUUCUGUUGUCUUCCAUCGGCUUGGAUUUAUUUUCAUCAACUUGGACAGACAACUGAGAUGCUUUAUAGGAAUCUUAAACAUGUUAAAUAACAGUGAUCUGAUUGACUGAGGACUUGAACUCCCUGCCUCACUGACAGUCCUGAUGAGUGAUUCAGUAGCUGACCAGUUGACUGUGACUUAGUAAUUGCCUGUCUGAAAAUGGGGGAAAUAAAAGGAAAAAAAAAAAAAACACUGGGUUUUUGGAGUGGGGCAUGAUACCAGUGAGAAAUGCACAACUUGGGGGAAAAAACAACAAAUGAAGAAAAUUUGACUGCUUUUUGUUGUUUGUUUUUGCAAGGGAAAUAGGGUUUGGUGUAUGGAUGAUCAUGUAUGCAAUGUUUUGUACAAUGUAAAUAGAUUUCUUUGUAAAGAUGAUCAUGAUGAAUUUUGUGAAGGGCCUUGAAUGGUGUAAAUAUUUAACUUAUAGCAGAGAUUUAAUAUGAGCUGAACAGUGGGUGAUUGAUCAAAUAAAAAUCAGAUUUUUACUACUA